AUGAUAUUACUAUUUAUUGUCCUGGGAUUCGUGGAAAUUAAUUCUGUCAAUGGUUUGAUAUGUUAUCACUGCACAGGCGUAUCUCCAUAUGACUCCUGCGUCUUAGACAACGGAGUGGCCGUCGGAUGUGACAAGAGAUGGUGCACAAUUAUACGUCGAGAAUUUCACGAUCCACCUGGUACCCUAGUAUACUUCCUGCGUACCUGUCAAAAUACCCCGCAGUAUAUAAAUGCGGAAGUCAAUGACUCCAACUACAGAACCUUCUACCAUGCCUGCGCAUCGGAUCUGUGUAAUUCAGGUGAAGGGAGACUCACGCCUAAUUCAAUAGCCCCAAUAAAGGAGGAACAGGGCAGAGUCUUGGUAGUUCCAGGAAUUACAUCCAAUGCGUCAUCGGUUUUUCCAUGUUAUUCUAUUCUAUUCUGUGCUCUUGGUUCAUUGCUGUUACUUUUAAUGUCAUAA